AGAUUAUAAGACUUACCGUUCAGCUUCAAAUAGUUUUAUGUUCAAAAACUUAUUCUUCUCACAUUAGUAAUAACUUUUUUUGUCAACCAAACUUACCAACAUUUAAAUUUGGCUUUACUCGCGAUGAAUGACCGUGUGCAAAAGAAUAACGUCUUGCCUACUAGAAUGGUCUUAUUAACCAUGAAACUUCGACUUAAGAGCGCGAAAAAAGGGUACAACCUGCUAAAGAAAAAAGCGGAAGCCCUCCUUUUUAAGUUUAGAUCCCUGCUAAAAGCUAUAAUUAAAAGCAAAUCAGUGUUGUGCACAGAGUUACAAGAGGCUUUUAUUUCGAUGGCUCAAGCAACUUUUCAAGCGGGGGACUUUUCACACCUUAUUUUGGAGAAUUCUACCACUCCGACUAUAAAAGUGCGCAUUACUACGGAUAUUGUCGCAGGUGUUAAACUUCCUGUUUUCCAACGGCGCCUUACAGGCACUGAUGCUUACCAGUAUACAGGACUCGGAAAAGGAGGCAAGCAGAUCAGUGUUUGCAAAGCUAAAUUUAUAAAAGCCACAGAAUUGCUUUUAGAGCUCGCUUCGUUGAAGACUUCCUUUCAAGCGCUAAACGAAGCGAUUAAAGCCACGAGGCGGCGCGUCAAUGCGCUCGAGUACAUUAUCGUCCCUCGACUAGAGAAAACGGUGGAGUAUGUCAUUUCUGAGUUGGAAGAAAAGGAUAGAGAAGAGUUUUUCAGGUUAAAGAGAGUGCAAGACAAGAAAAAGAUUAGACGAGACGCACCUACUGACUUUACCUGGGAGGCCCCUUCCGUCCAGGAAAAUACCACCGAUUUAAUGCUAUAACUAACG